AUGGCCAUUCAAAUGCCCUUCCCAUCUUCUAAUUUCAACCAAGAUUCUCCAAAGCAAGUCAUGUACUACGCUCUUGCUUUAGCCCUUGCGAUUCAUCUCAUCCGUCGUCUUAUACAGAUUUACCUUGAAUACCAGCGGGAUUCUGCUUUCGGAAAACGUCAUGGGUGCAACCCACCCCCAGAGUUGCCCAAGAAAUGGCCGCUUGGAAUUGAUCGGAUCAAAGAAUUGUGGGAUUCUAAUACCGAAGGCCGGCUGCUAGCCUUCUUAUGCGGGAUUGCGAAAGACUACGACCCGCGGAAUAACCUCACACAAUACCUAUUGUUUGGGCCACGUGCAUUCCAUGUUCUCCACCCGAAAAAUCUCGAAUCUGUUUUAUCUACCAACUUUCAAGUUUUCAUAGACUACGGUUUCGGUGCACGACGCAGUGUCUUCUCCCCGCUCCUGGGAAACGGGAUCUUCACUCAGGAAGGCCUGGCGUGGAAGCAUUCAAGAGACCUGUUACGGAAGCAAUUCAUUCGCAUUCAAUACCACAAUCUUGAUCUAUUCCGUGAACACGUGCACAAUCUCAUAGAACGUUUGCCGGUCCAGGGAGAUGUGGACUUGCAGCCUCUCUUCUUCAGCUUUACACUGGAUACGACAACCGCUCUUCUCUUUGGAAAAUCUGUCUAUAGCCUAAGAGAAAACAUUGACCAAGCCGUGGAAAACAAAGUCUUCUCGGAGAGUUUCAAUCUCGCUCAGGAAGGCUUGGCCAAGCGUUUUCGUCUUGCCCCAUGGCAUUUUCUCUAUAGUCCAAAGGAUUUCAGACAAGCUUGCUCAAAUGUCCAUCAGUUUGUGGAGCGUUAUAUCGAUGAUUUGAAUCUCUCAACUGGCCAAGAAACGGGAGAGAAAUCCUACGACUUCAUCAAUCAGCUUGCGAAAGAAUCCUCUAGCAAGAGAGAUCUUCGAGAUCAGCUUUUGAACGUCUUACUGGCUGGUAGGGAUACGACGGCGUGUUGUUUAUCAUGGACAAUGCAAGCCACAAAAACAACCAUGCUUCCAACUGGCGGCGGCCCAGAUGGUGACAGCCCUAUCCUGGUUCGAAAGGGGGAGUUAGUCGUGUUCUCGCAGUAUGUCAAUUCACGAACUAAAAACAUCUACGGCCCGGAUGCAGACAGUUUUAGGCCCGAGAGAUGGGAAGGCCAAGAGCUUGCAGGCAUUGGCUGGGCUUACUUUCCCUUCAAUGGCGGGCCAAGACAAUGCUUGGGUGAAGACUUCGCCAUGAUGGAGGUAUCCUAUACGAUUGUGAGACUGUUGAAAAGUUCAAUCAUCACAUUACCCGCCAUGGAAAAGAACGAGCCUAUUGGGAGUGAAAGGCAACUAUUAACCCUCGUCCUCUCGAGCGCCGAUGGAUGUCGGGUGACUGUGAAACGCCUUCAUCAGGGCCUGGGCGUCCGGUGGCACUGCAGAUUUGGUAGCUGCAGGCAGUACCGUGGGGACUCAUUGAAGACAUGGACCUCACAGCCGCAAGGAACCUGUUGGCUCAACCAUCCUGAAUUUCUACCAAAAUAUGUGAAACGCGCAAGAGUCCUUGUAUGGGGAUAUAAUGCGAACAUUGCGUCAUUGAGCGGGAAAACGACAAGCUCUGAUCGAAUUCUGCAUCACGCCCAAACACUUGUGGCGCAGUUACAGGCUGAUAGAGAAACCUAUAAUCUUUAUCUGUCACUCACUGGGAGGAAUUGUGGUGAAGCGGAACCCUUGCAUCCUCAGGCAGCAUUGGCAUAUUCAGCAAGUCGAACCGGGGCGAAGAUAGAGCAUAUCCACGGCAUUUAUACAUGCACAUUUGCAAUACUAUUCUUUGGAACCCCUCAUAAUGGUUCCAGUAAAGCAAGACUUCUUGGAAGUCUUCAUAAGCUUGCUUCCAUCUCUUUGCCAAGGAAAAUUGUGGACCUGGAUUCGGCUCUAUUGAGUGCGCUUGAAGAGGAGUCAGAAACCCUUCAAAACAUCACAGAUCAAUUUGCACCAUUAAUAUCCAAUUUUCGCAUAUUCUUUUUCUGGGAGCAGGAAAAGACGGAUCUGAAAUAUACCAAGGACUAUAUCGUGGACGAGACCAGUGCAGCACCCAUUAUAGACAAUACGGAAAGAUCUGGAAUUCCUUCCAACCACAGUGGUAUGUGUAAGUUCGACAACAGCACUUCGCAAGGUUUCCGAAUUGCAAUUUCAGCCCUUCGUCGGUACAGUCGGGAUGCCCCUCAGGUGAUAGAAGGCAGAUGGAUAAAGAUGGUUGAGACGAUGCGUGAAAACAGGCGACAUGAAGCGGCGGAGGUUUUGAAAGCCACGUCAAUCGCGCAAGACUUCCACAGUCUAUCAACGUUGAAGUAG